UGCUCAGUUUUGGACGGUGACACUCCAAGAGAAGCAAUAAUGUUCAACACUGUUGCUUUGUUCUUGUGUUUGCUGACUUCUUCUUUCUUCAAUCGAAGUGAAGGACACAAAACUGUUUCGUCUUCUUCUAAGAAUCCCAGCACGUGUCUGCAAGGACCUCCUGGUCUCCCUGGUCACAAUGGAUAUAAUGGGGCACCAGGCCUAAACGGUCGAGAUGGUGCUAAAGGAGAGAAGGGCGUGGCAGGUAAGCCUGGGCCACGUGGAGCUAAAGGAGACGUUGGACCAAAAGGGUCUGAUACCGACCACAGAAGUUGGAAACAGUGCGUUUGGAGGGCUUCGGACAGUCGGGACGUGGGACUAAUUAAGGACUGCAUCUUCGACAAGACGAGAGAUGGUACCGCUCUACGAGUGGUUUAUCAAGGUAAUAUAUACGUGCGUUGUGACACCUGUUGUAAGCGCUGGUUCGUCACCUUUAAUGGAGCAGAAUGCAGUGGUCCGCUGCCCAUUGACGUGGUUCUCUGGAUCAGAAACAAGGAUGAAGAUAACCACAGACCUGGAGCAAUAGAAGGGUACUGUGAAAACAUCCACAAGGGAAGAAUCCGUGUUGCUAUCAACAUUGGAAACUGUCCUGGAUAUAGAGACUCAGACGGAUAUACAGGCUGGAAUUCAGUGUCACGAUUGAUUAUCGAAGAAGUCCCCAAACCUCAGUGACUUUUGAGUCCUGUUUGUUCGCUUGAAUGCGUAUCUUU